AGUGUUCACAUACUAAUAAUACUAUGCAUCCUGCGUUGUUUUCUUCCUUUCUCCUAAAACAAACCAAUGAAACAAGUUUAGUUACCAUUAUUCAUUACCAAGAAAAUAAAAGAAAAGGACUUUGCUUUCCUUUCCAAAGUUGCUGAACUCAAAACCAUAUCUUCUUCCUACUUUCAUCAGCAUCAACAUCCUUAGCUAAGACCCCAGCCCUCAUCAGGUGCAAGUGCAAGUUGAGAUUUUGAUUGGUUUUGGGCUCCCAAAUUCCCAAAACAGUGAUGAUCUCAAGUAAAAGAAAUGCUUUUGGCACCAAGAGAAAGAUGGGUCUGGAUUUCAAGGUUUUGAUGGUGAUGGUCUCAUGGUUUUGUUUGAUUCCUGUAUGUGUAUCAACCACAAAACAAGUAUACCCACCACCACAACAACAUAACCCGAAGUUAAGGUUUGGUCAAAAUGGAGAAUUCAAGAUAUUGCAGGUGGCAGAUAUGCACUAUGCAGAUGGCAAGACCACACCUUGCUUGGAUGUGCUCCCUUCUCAAAAUGUUUCUUGCUCUGAUCUCAACACCACUGCCUUUCUUCAUAGAAUGAUCCUAGCUGAGAAGCCUAAUCUUAUUGUCUUCACUGGAGAUAAUAUAUUUGGGUUUGAUUCGUCCGAUUCAGCCAAGUCCUUGGAUGUUGCAUUUGCUCCUGCAAUUGCAUCAAACAUUCCUUGGGUAGCUGUUUUGGGCAACCAUGACCAGGAAGGAUCUCUCUCUAGGGAAGGGGUGAUGAAACAUAUAAUUGGGAUGAAAAACACCUUAUCUAAAUUCAAUCCUCCAGAAGUACAUAUCAUUGAUGGUUUUGGGAACUAUAAUUUGGAGGUUGGAGGAAUUGAAGGCACUGGUUUUGAAAACAAGUCAGUGCUCAAUCUGUAUUUUCUUGAUAGUGGAGAUUAUUCCAAAGUUCCUUUAAUUUUUGGUUAUGAUUGGAUCAAGCCCUCCCAGCAACUUUGGUUCCAACGAACAUCAGCAAAGCUUCGGAAAGCAUACAUAAGUGGACCAAUGCCUCAGAAAGAAGCUGCUCCUGGUCUUGCAUAUUUUCACAUCCCUUUACCGGAAUAUACUAGUUUUGAUUCAUCAAACUUCACAGGUGUGAAACAGGAGCCGGAUGGCAUUAGCUCUGCUUCUGUGAACUCUGGCUUCUUCACAACCUUGGUUGCAGCAGGAGAUGUGAAGGCAGUUUUCACAGGCCAUGAUCACAUCAAUGACUUCUGUGGCAAACUAACAGGUAUACAACUUUGUUAUGGUGGGGGAUUUGGAUACCAUGCUUAUGGAAAGGCUGGAUGGUCUAGGAGAGCAAGAGUGGUGGUAGCUAGCUUGGAGAAAACGGAGAAAGGAAGUUGGGGAGAUGUUAAGUCAAUUAAAACAUGGAAACGCCUUGAUGAUCAACAUCUUUCUGGAAUCGAUGGCGAGGUCCUAUGGAGCAAGAGCUUUGGCGGUAACCCUGGCAAAAUACAAAAUGGUGGCACUUGAGAAUUUGAAAAAUGUUGCAGACAUGUAUUAGUAUCCACGUGAAGUGUAUUUAUUUUGGAACUUGAAAUGAGUUGCUAUACGAUGAAGUUUAUUCACGGAAAUUUAAAACUCUUUGGUAUACAUAUCCUGUAAUUCUAUACUGCAAUUCAUGGUAGCCUUCUAACCAGGGAAUUGAAAGUUCAUAAACAAGGUGAAGUGAUUGCUAGCGUGUAAUUGCAACCAUCCAUACUCCAUAACCUUUGUAGAAUUGAUCUAAAGAUUUUAUUAAUGGCCUUGGAACCAAAAAUGAUUUCUUUGAGAAGAUUAUUGAUUGUCUGAGCAAUUACUUGACUGUAGAUUUCAACUUGCAUGGAUAUUUGCUAAGGUUCUGCCGUGCUAACUGAUAGUGAUGAACUCACAGCACAGUUGCCAUUGCAAUUGUUGAUGAUCAAGAGAGGAAUAGCUCUUUUGCUUCUUAGAAUCCAAUGCAGCAUAACUUGAACAAAUCAAGUUAAAUUAAUUGAGAAGGUUCAUAAAAGGAUAAAAGAAACGCAAAACUACAAAAGGAUGAUUCUUGUUAU